AUGCCUGCUUCUCGGCUGAAACGAGGUGGUGCCUGGCUUAAAACCAACUCACCGGACCCGACCCUAACGGCACAACGGAGACGACGCCACGGUUGGAGUGACCUCAAUGCUCCAGUGCGUCCGGUCGGGUUAUCUUCGCAGCGUCGUGCCAUUCAACGACCAUCGCCACAAGCACGAAAGGUCGCCCGGAGACAACCUCCGCCUCCUUCUCCGCCGCCGCCACCGCCACCGCCACUACCAUCACCACCACAUGCGCACAGGGCAACUCAGCGACAUCGAUGCCAUCAUUUGACACCACUCAGCUCGAUUUCAAACGGGUCGUCCAGUAACGGAGAUUACCUGGACCAGCCAGUCUCCGAUAGCGACGAGAGCAGCAGCACCGGCACCGAGACGGCCACAAAGAGCACGCCCACCAGCCAGCGCCGCACCUCCUCGUCGCGGGCCACAACAUCCGGGAUCUCCUACACCGCGCGCUUCGCAUUUCGGCACUGGCACGGCAUCGCCGGCCUUGAGGUGAGGCCGCUGAAAACGCCGGACCUGCAAACCAUCCGCAGGGGGCUCAGGAGCUUCUAG